AUGCAACUAUUAGAAUCCAAAGUACUCAAUGCUAUACGUCAUUCACAAUAUAGGCAACUUGCAUUAUUUAUUCGUCAUAAUUAUAAUCUAAAUGUAACAACAAAAGAUGGUCGUAAUGGUUUAUUUAUUGCACUUGAUAUUCCAGAUGCACGUAAACGUCGUCGUAUGAUUAGAUUUUGUUUAGAUCAUGGUAUUGAUGCAUUACAAAAAGAAAAAAAAUAUAAUUAUACACCUUUACAUGAAGCUAUUGCUCGACAACAAAUGGAUUCAAUUCAACUUUUACUUGCUAAUGCUGGUGGUGAAAUUGAUUGGCGUUCAUUAGAUGUACAUGGUCGUACAAUUUUACAUCAAGCUGUUGAAUCAAAUAAUGUAUCUAUACUUGAAGCACUUAUUAUUGUUAUGAAUCAUUAUGGAGUAUCUGUUGAUAUGCUAGAUAAAAAUGGUUUAACACCAUAUUUAUUAGCUAUAAAACUACACUUACGUGACAUAGCACAAAUACUUUCAAAUAAAGGACAUGCAAGUCGACAACAAUGUGAUUUAACAACACAUAGAAAUGCAAAUGAAUGGGAAAUAGCUGGUAUUGAAGAACAUCGUUUAUGUUUACGUGAUAAACUUCGACAAGAAAUUGACAAUGCUAUGAGAGAAGGUAAAAUAAAUAAAGUUAAAAAAUUAAAACAAAUUUAUUAUUCACCAUUAUUAUUAUCAACAAAUAUACCAACUUGUCGUGAUUCAAUUUUAUCUAUGACAACUAUAUCUGGUUUAAAUACAAAAUCAUCUUUGUCAAUUAAUGAAAUGAUAGAUCAAUUACCCGAAGGUGAUAUACCUGAAUCAUUUGUUACUAGUGAAGCAGAUGAACAAACAUUUCAUUUGGAAUCUUUACCAUCAUUACAACAGCCUAUAUCAUCAUUUCUUCCACCUAUAUCUAUUGCACGACAACAUCGACCAACUUUAACACUCAAUGCUCUUGUAGAUUUAUUUCAGGUGAUUACCGAUCAAAUAUCGCCAUCGUAUCGUUCAUCAGUCAAAAACAAUAUCAAUACAUCAUUUGGUCAACAUGCACGUAAAAAAAGUUCAGCGAUUCCACAUCGAAGUACAUUAGCUACGAUUAAAACUAAUACAAAUUUAUCGACUAUAUCAAGACAACGACGUUCUUCAAAUAUUGUUGUCGAAGCAAAACGAGUUGCUUGA